AUGUCUGCAUCUACAGAACCCCAAGCGGAAUCCCCUCUGGUCGAUUCUCCCACUGUUGAGAACGAAGAGCCUGUGGCAAAUGAGGUCAUCUCGACGGACCAUCUCGCUGCCGCAGAUCUUUCAGACGACGAAUCCGUUCUUUCCGAUGUCGAUGAAGCGCAGUUCGAAGGCUUCGAUCCCACCAAUAUCGCCAUCGAUGAUCGUCCGGCUCUCGCAAUCGAUGAAGAGAAUUUAAAGUUAAUCGGUCGCCAUAAGCGCAGAAGAACGGAUGAGGAUGAGGAUGCACAGCGCAAAAAAAAGAAGAAGGAGUCUAAACGUGAGAGAAAGAGUCGUAGAAAGCAAAGGGAUAGCGAUGAUGCGUUUAGUGGAGGGGAAACAUUGGAAGGCAAACGCUCAAGGAAGCGAAAGGACGGUAGAGAAAGGAGUUCUAAGGUGGUCGAGGAGGUGAACGAGGAGGAUCUGGACCCGGCUACAAGACGACGUCGUGCCUUGGACAGGGUUAUGGACGAGGCGUUGAAGAAGCCGACUAAGCGCCGUGCAAGAAAGGCUGACGGAAUCGAUCUUGCUGAUCAAGCAGAUGCAGAAAUCGAAGAUGUUCGCCGACGGAUGACUGAUGCAGCUAGACUUGACAGCAUUGCUCGCAGAGAGAAUCGCCCUGCACAACACAAGUUGAAAAUGCUUCCUGAAGUUUCAUCGCUUUUGAAUCGCAACCAAUUCGUUAGUAGCUUGGUUGACCCAGAAAUCAACCUUCUCGAAGCUGUCAAGUUUUUCCUUGAGCCCCUAGAUGAUGGUUCUUUACCAGCGUACGACAUUCAGCGAGAGCUCUUUGCGGCAUUGGCAAAACUUCCAAUUACUAAAGAUGCUUUGAUCGCCAGUGGUAUCGGCAAGGUUAUCGUGUUCUAUACCAAAAGCAAACGACCGCAGGUUGGAAUUAAGCGCCAAGCGGAGCGACUGCUGGCGGAAUGGACCCGCCCUAUUUUGCAGAAGAGUGAUGAUUAUUCCAAGAGAGUCUAUGAGGAGGUUGAUUUCGAUCCAAGCCAACUCGCUCUACGCCAUCGACAGGUAUCCGCCCAAGUUACCGCAGCUGAAGCUCGUGCAAGAGAAUUGCUUCCUCCUCGUUUGGCAAAUCGUGCUCGAGCCGAAGCUGGUUAUACGACCUAUACUGUUGUGCCCCGCUCCGUCAUGGUCCAGGAAAAUAAAUUUGCUCGCCCCUUGGGUGCGAGUGGUGAGGAUCGUUUCAGACGGAUGAAAGCAAGACAGGUGGCAGCGAGCAAAGCGUCGAGGAGAUAA